AUGGGCCACGGCAACAGCAACAAGCUCUAUAUUACUCACUCCGAGCACUCCGGCCUUUACGGCCAGCAUACUGCGUCGACUGCUGGGUACAAAGCAAAGGCCCAAGCACCUCCCCCUGGAGCGCGGACCCCGUUCGACUGCUGUGCUCUGACUUUUCAACCGUGGACUCAUCCAGUCUGUGCCCGAAACGAUGACGGUACAGGUUAUGUAUUUGAUCUCCUGAAUAUCAUCCCGUGGUUGAAACAACAUGACAAUAGACAUCCAAUAACUCAGAAAACGUUGCAACCAUCAGAUCUGAUACAACUUCACUAUUCGAGGAAAGCUUCGGGCGAACUGCAUGACCCAAUCACCUUCAAGCCGUUCAGCGAACACUCGCACAUAGUCGCCAUUGCCACCACCGGCAACGUGUUCCUUGCAGAAAGUAUAAAAGGAGGGAAAGAUCUGGUGGCUGAUGUGAAAUUCAAGAAAGAAGACGUGAUCACGCUUCAAAAUCCUCAUGGACUCCCUACGGCCUCGGUGGCGGCGACCCCUCCGAGAAAGGUUGAGCUUGAGAAGAACAAAGUCGUAGCAAAGCCAGCCCCAGCAGGGGGAGUUGCCAACGUCAAGAAAACGGCCGAACCAUGGAACGUCUCGCCUUACUCCAGUGGUCUCCCGGGAGCAUCUCUCACAUCCACAUCCAUCGACCCGACGACGCAAGGCACAAAGCUGGUGUGGGACGAGGAAGAAUUGAUGUACGAAGCGAUCUCAAACCCACCCAAAGGCAAAGGCAAGGAAAAGGACGUGGGUAAGCGGCGAGCCUAUGUGCGAGUCGUCACGUCGUUGGGGGGUGGUAGCCUCAACCUGGAACUGUUUUGUGAGAAGGCUCCCAAAACAUGUUACAACUUCCUAAUGCUGGCCCGCCAAGGAAAGUACAACGAUUGCCUCUUUCAUCGCCUGGUACCAGGAUUCAUGAUACAGACCGGUGACCCUACGGGAACUGGGGCUGGAGGACAAAGCUAUUGGGGAACGCCAUUCCGAGAUGAGUACGAUCUCAAGGGUGCCGCCAAGCACGACGAGCGAGGCAUCCUUGCUAUGGCCAACAAGGGUAAAGAUUCAAACGGGUCGCAGUUUUACAUCACUUUCCGUGCCACACCACAUCUAGAUAGGAAGCACACAGUUUUUGGCAAAUUGGUCGGCGGAGAAAACGUGCUGGAUGCUCUGGAGAGAUUGCCCUUGAAGGACGGCACUGAGCGGCCGGCCAAGGCUGUUCGCAUUACGGAGGCUAUCAUCUACCAGGACCCAUUCGAGGACUACAAAGUCCGACUUGCGAAGAAACUCGCGAAGAAAGCGGAGGCUGCGGCCAAUCCUCAAGCUAAAGCAGACCAGGAGAAGAAAGAAGGCGACGACGUGAACUGGUUUGGGGUGAAAGUUGGGCAAGGCCCGGAGCAUACUCAAGGGACAGAAGCUGCCGGAGGUGUAGGUAAGUACCUGAAUCUUGGCACGAAGAGGAACGUAGAUGCCGCGGACAGUACGGGAGAGGAGGAGGGGAAGAAGAAGCGGCGGAUAGGAUUUGGCAAUUUCGACAGUUGGUAAUGAGUGCAUU